UUGAAAUAUUUUUUUGGCGCUUCUCUCAAGAACCCUAAAAUCUCAGCUAUGGUGAAGAACUGGUCGGAGCGCGUGGAGGAGCUGCUGGACGAGGGCAACAGCGAUGGCGCUGCGCAGUUCUUGCAGGGCGUCGUGGACGAGAUGCAGAGCUUGCAAGGCGCGGACGCGAAUCUCUCACUGGCUGCGGCUAUGGAGGAUCUGGGGGCGCUGUACGAGCGGCAGGGCUUGUCGAUCAAGGCGGAUUCGCUGCGCAGCUCCGCCAUUGUCAUCCGGCACAAAUUAAACGCAAGAAGCGAUGCUCCAAGCAUAGGCAAGGAAGACGACGAAGAAGAAGAGUGGGAGAAAGCCGUUCACGACAUCCCUGGCAGCUCAUCAAAUCCACCACCAUCGCGGAGAGCUCCAUCGCCUCCUCGAUUCUCCCAACUUUCUUUGAGCGAUCCAACUCCCAAGCGUCGGUCCAACUCCAGAGAAAACGCGAGAGAAGCCGAGGAAGAGGCCGAGGACGUAGCUCCCAAGCAGCGUGGACGCGGGGCAUUUACUUACGGAAGAGAAAGAGAUGGAUUCCACAGCGACCAUACGACCGCCAUGGACGAUGAAACUCACGAGGAGCUCACUACAUCUUCUGACGACAUCGAUGGAAAGUCCCUUGUUUAUGGAGCUAGCCAUGUUUUGGUUCUCGGUGGCUUUCCUCCCAAGACAACCACUCGAGAUUUGGAGCAGGUUGUCAUGCCUUACGCGAGCCGCGGCGUGGUGAUUCGCUGGGUAAAUGACACCACUGCCUUGGCUGUUUUUCGCAAUCCAACAAUCGCACGAGAGGCACUCGCAACAAUCCGCCACCCAAAGUACGUGCUCAAAACUUACGACGAUUCAACUGAAGUUCACGGCCUUGUCACCGAGAGAGACUUGGAGCCUCCGACGACGAGGCCAGCGACAUCCGCCCGAGCUGCUCAGCGCAUGAUCGUCGGAGCUCUCACAAACCAAGGCAUCGUUCGCGGAGCACAGACCAGGGUGAGAUUCACGGCCCAGGAGCUGCAAAAGCAAGAGGAGGAGCGCAAGCAGCGCUUGCUGGCCAGAGAGAAGCUGCGAGAAGAAGCCUGGGGAGGCGAUUGAUUCACACAUACAGCACUAAUCUACAUCUCUUCACUUCUCAAGCCUGCUGAGAGUCGAAGGAAUAGACCCCAAGUCUUCUCGACUUCCAACGCUGCUAAUAACAACGCUGAUCUCUGGUAAGCCUUGGAUCUCUGGGACGGCUUGGUUGGAUACGUCAUGUUGAUCCCAUAAAGACGAGUAGAAACUCUCCUUUUUUGGACGAGGAUCUGGCAAUAGAAGGUCCUGUGACGUAACGAUAGUGUCUACUUUCAGGAGUCUUCUCUACAAUCAAGGAGCUCUGCUGGAUUGCUUUUUUCUGUUU